AUGGCCUACUCACCGGCCCCAACAUCACCCACCUCUGGACCUGGAGCCAUGCACCCCUUCCCUCCAAUCCAUCCCCAUCGAGGAGCCCAAUCCCCCAGCCCUCCACCCACAACCACCGCACCCGGUCCCGCACACACAGCCGCCAACGCAAACGCAAACCCCCCCAUCUCCAAACGCGACAAACGCCGCAGCGCCCUCCAGGAGCGCCUCCAAGACCUAACCGCCUCCUUCUCCCAGAACCGCGACGCCCAGUUCCGCCAGCAGCUGCAUGCCCUGCAGUGCGACAUGACGCUGAUCAACAACGCGGACCCCUAUGCGCCGGGGCCGCUGCCGGAUUCGGCGGAGGAGGUCGCCAGGCUGGUUGAGGGGACUGUUGGUGGGGGAGUUUUUGGGAGGGAGAUGGCGGGGUUGUCGGGGAUGUGGUAUUCGCGGUUUGUGCAGGAGGUGAAUGGGGUGAAGGAGGAGAGGGAUGGGGAGUUGGCUAUGUUGGUGCACCGUCAUGAAAAUAAUCUUGAGCGAUUCCGUCGGGAAUAUGCGUUUCGGAACCAUUUCGCUGCUGAGGAGUAUAAUAAUCUGUCAUCGACGCUGCGGGAGCGGUUGGUGCAGACGAUUACCGGGAAGAAGGGUCGAUUGAUGAGGGAAAAGGAGCAAUUGGAUAUCGCGGAUACCAAUUCGCUUCUUCUUCACCCGAACCAGUUCAGUAUCACCAACCCUGCUAGUCCUGGUGGGGUCCAUGGGAAUCGCAAGACCAGACAUACCCGUCACCGCAUGGAUUUGGAUGAACUGGGCAACGGGAUUGGGUCGGAGGUGUUGAAUAAGAGGAAGCGAAAGGCUCCUGAGGAUGAUGUGGGCUCGCCGGUGCGGGAUGCAGGUUCUGCGGAGCGGGCUAAAGCUAGUGCUGCUCAGCAUCAGCCGCCGCCUACUUAUUCGCUGCACUCGUUGUUCACGGAUAAGGAGCUUAGUUCGCAUGCCAAUCUCGCUCAUAUUGCUACGAUUCACUUCUUCUCGACUUCCAAGCGGGGAGACCAGGGUGGUGUUGGGACGAGCAACAAUACCGAUGCGGAUGAUGCGUCUGGCACCGGGGACCACACCGGGCAGGAAGACAAUGGUACUCCGGCCACUGAUAUGGUGCGGACAGCCAGCCAGAACUUCCACGCGACGCGAUCCACCCGCACACAUGGUAACAGCGCCCUCAACGCCCUGGCCGAGCUCUCCGAUAAACAAGCAAUCCGUCCAAACCUCCCCUACCACCUCCUAACAAACCACCAACCCCGAGUUAACGCCAGCGCCCCACCACCGCCGCCACUAAUGAACGAAGAAAUGGAAGACGACUGGGCGCGCUUGGAACGACUACACAGCAAGCCAGCAGGCUGGGUGGACCGCAAUCUAAUCGAGGUCCUUCUCGAGCCUGGCCCGGAACAAGUCGACGGGGUGCCACAGGAUCCGCACAGGUUCAGCAUGUUGCACCCGGACUUUCCUGCUACGAUGGGGGUGCAUUGGUAUCCGCUUAGAAAUGACCGGGAUCGAGCGGAGAUGUUGGGUGGUAGUACGACGAGUAAUAAGAGGACGAAGACAUGA